CAGGAGGAGCGGGAGAGCUCGGCUGUUGUGGCUGGUGCUGCGGGAGGCGAAGGACGGAGCAGGCAGGCGGGUCCCGGCAGUGUGUCGCCCUCGCCUAGUUGCACUUGGCGUCGCAUCCGGAGCCUGGGCUGACGACAGCCGCAGAGCGUUGGUGGCGCGGGAAAGAGUCCGGCAAGCACACAGGGAGGGAGCGAGGCGGGAGCUCAUGCCCCGCGUGCCGAGGGAGCAGCUACUGUUCCGGGGGUGAAUGAGCCUCCCUCGGACCGCUGUCUCCUUUCUCCAGCGGUGCCGUUUCGGGUUUGGGCGGCAGCUUCUCAGUUCCCAAGAUGGACGGUUUCGCCGGCAGUUUGGAUGACAGUAUCUCUGCAGCAAGUACAUCUGAUGUCCAAGACCGCCUUUCAGCUCUUGAACUGAGAGUUCAGCAACAAGAAGAUGAAAUCACAGUUCUGAAAGCAGCCCUGGCUGAUGUAUUGAGACGUCUAGCCAUUUCUGAAGAUAAUGUAGCAUCUGUGAGGAAAUCGGCACCAAGUAAAGGUCAGACAGGCCUCCGUGAAGCCAUCUCCAUGUCGUGCAUCACCAAUGGAAGUACAGGAAACAGGAAAACUAGCCACAGUCCUGCUGUACCAAUAGCCAGGAAAGAAACUCUUUCAUCUGCUGCUAAGAGCGGUACAGAAAAAAAGAAGGAAAAACUUCAAGGACAGAGAGAGAGAAAAGAGGACUCUCAUUCUAAUGAUCAAAAUCCACAAACUCAAGCAUCACCUUCACCUUCUCCCCAGCCCUCUGCACAGAUUCACCCAACACACAGGCAGACCCCAGAAGUCAAGAGCUCUGCUCCAGGCAAAAGUGUAAAGAGAUCCUCUACUGUUGAAAAAUCACAUGGCUCAUGGGAAAGUUCAGAAGACAGUCGUAAUAAACUAAUAAGGGCAGCCUCAGCAUCCAAACUGAUACCCAAAAGUGGCAAGAAUGCAGACAAACACAAAGAUGUCAUUGUCAGCCAAGCAAAAAUGUCAACCCGAGAAAAGAACAGCCAAGAGGGAGAAUACAUCAAGAUGUUCAUGCGAGGACGACCAAUCACAAUGUUUCUUCCUUCAGAUGUAGACAGAUAUUAUGAAAUUAAGACAGAACUGCCUCCUGAGAAAUUAAAACUGGAGUGGGUAUACGGUUAUCGUGGAAGGGAUUGUCGAGCCAAUGUUUACCUCCUACCUACUGGAGAAAUAGUGUAUUUCAUAGCAUCUGUUGUAAUUCUGUUCAAUUAUGAAGAGCGGACUCAGCGGCAUUACUUGGGACAUACAGAUUGCGUUAAAUGUCUUGCUGUUCAUCCCGACAAAAUCAGGAUUGCUACUGGGCAGCUGGCAGGAGUGGAUAAAGAUGGAAGACUUUUACAUCCCCAUGUAAGAGUAUGGGAUUCAGUGAGCCUGAUGACUCUGCAAGUUAUUGGCCUUGGGACUUUCGAGCGUGGAGUAGGGUGUCUGGAUUUCUCAAAGGCGGAUUCAGGUAUGCAUUUGUGUGUGAUAGAUGAUUCUAAUGAGCACAUGCUGACUGUCUGGGAUUGGCAGAAGAAAUCAAAAGUAGCUGAAAUAAAGACUACAAAUGAAGUUGUGCUUGCAGUAGCAUUCCAUCCAACAGAUAAAGACACAAUUAUAACAUCAGGAAAAUCUCAUAUCUUUUUCUGGACUUGGAAUGGCAAUUCUUUAGCAAGAAAGCAAGGAAUAUUUGGGAAAUAUGAAAAGCCCAAAUUUGUUCAGUGCUUAGCAUUUUUGGGAAAUGGAGAAGUUCUCACUGGUGACUCGGGUGGGAUAUUGCUUAUAUGGAGCAGAACUACUGUAGAAACCACACCAGGGAAAGGAUCCAAAGGUGUGUAUCAAAUAAGCAAGCAAAUCAAAGCUCACGACGGCAGUGUGUUCACGCUGUGUCAAAUGAGAAAUGGCAUGCUGCUCACUGGAGGUGGGAAAGACAGAAAAAUCAUUUUGUGGGAUCAUGAUUUGAACCCUGAAAGGGAGAUAGAGGUUCCAGAUCAGUAUGGGACAAUCAGAGCAGUGGCAGAAGGCAAAGCCGAACAAGUUCUCAUUGGCACAUCACGGAAUUUUAUUUUACGGGGUACAUUUAAUGAUGGUUUUCAAGUGGAAGUGCAGGGUCACACAGAUGAACUCUGGGGCCUGGGAACUCAUCCCUUCAAAGACCUGUUCUUAACAUGUGCUCAAGAUCGACAAGUUUGUAUGUGGAACUCAUUGGACCACACACUGGAAUGGACCAGGCUGCUAGAUGAACCAGGGCAUUGUGCGGACUUCCAUCCAAGUGGAACUGUGGUAGCCAUAGGAACACACUCUGGAAGAUGGUUUGUUCUGGACGCUGAAACAAGAGAUUUGGUUUCAAUACAUACAGAUGGCAACGAGCAGCUCUCAGUGAUGCGCUACACAGUAGAUGGCACCUUCCUUGCAGUGGGAUCCCAUGACAACUUCAUUUAUGUCUAUACAGUGACAGACAAUGGAAGAAAGUAUAGCAGAUAUGGAAAGUGCACUGGACAUUCCAGCUAUAUUACACACCUUGACUGGUCCCCAGAGAAUAGAUUCAUAAUGUCAAACUCAGGAGACUAUGAAAUAUUAUACUGGAGCAUUCCAGAUGGCUGUAAACUAAUCAGGAAUCGUUCUGAUUGUAAGGAUGUCGAUUGGGUAACAUACACUUGUGUGCUGGGCUUUCAAGUAUUUGGAGUGUGGCCUGAAGGAUCAGAUGGAACAGAUAUCAAUGCUCUUGUCAGGUCUCAUAACAGGAAGGUGAUAGCAGUUGCUGAUGACUUUUGUAAAGUCCAUCUAUUUCAGUAUCCUUGCUCCAAGGCAAAGGCCCCAAGCCAUAAAUACAGCGCCCAUAGUAGCCACGUGACAAACGUGAGCUUCACUCAUAAUGACAGUCACUUGAUUUCGACUGGAGGCAAAGAUAUGAGCAUCAUCCAGUGGAGACUUGUGGAAAAAGUAAUUUUGCCGCAGAAUGACAUUAUGGUAGACAUGGCUACCACAAAAAUGCCAGUAAAUCCCAGUGAAAGCUUUGUACAGUCAAGCACUUCUGUUCCCCUUGCUCAGCCAUUUGAUGAAAUAGUAGUUAAUGAAAGUGUAGAGGAUACCUUCCCAGCAUCUUUGGAAGAUAACUUGGAGCAGACUGUGGAAACUUAUGAAGAGCAAGGUGAGGAGCAGAGUGAAGGGAGCAGUCUGGAUCCAGGUGAGCCAAACUGUGAAGAUCCAUCCAAUGAAACAAGUGAGGAGCAGAGUGAAUCCACUAUUACCGAAGACCAGCCUGAAAACUCUCCAGUGUCUUAAGAACUCAGAAUCAAGAUGGUCUUUUAUAUACUAUUUUCUCUCCAUGUGAGUACUUUUAUAAAAAAGAAGGUUAAAGUUGAAAAGGAGAAGCAGCCCCAAAUUAGGAGCCACUCCAAUUGUUGGGUUUCAGUUGAAGACUCCUUAGUCUGAUCUUCUGUUUUCAGUGCAUGGAACCAUUGCAAGGGAGUCAUCUUGGCAGUUCCAGUCAAAGUUAGCCAAGGUGGUAGGAUGUAAGCAUACGUUAGAUAUAACUAUGAAAUUGUUGUCAAAAGGAGACAUGAUGCAAAUGAUGGGGGAGAAGGGGGAAAAUUAGCUCCAAUAAUAUCUUCAGUGGAGGGGGAAAACAGUCUUCUGUAUAAAGAGCUUUAACACCAAACAGAAGUGCAAAGUAAUACAUCCCAGGUGCAGGGAAUAAACAAAACAGCAAGGCCUUUAUGGAGCUCUUUCUUUUUUUAUAUUAUAAAGGAGAGGGGAGAUAAGGACAACAUCACAAUAGAGUUGUAUAGUAGGUGGUGCUCGCUGCCUUCUUGAUCAAUACCUAUGCAAUUUUUGACACUACUAAUCCCUUCGAGGCUGUGGACAUGCUGUGCCCUGGACGCUUUUAACUCUAAGGCAACUACUAUUAAGGAACAUGCCUUCUUGUUCCCUGGUGACAGGCCUUAAAAAACUGAACAGAACCAAGCAUUGUUUAGGUUAAAAAUAAUACUGUCAACCACAUUACAAGAAUGAGCUCUUUGCCUAGAUGUAUUGAAACUCAAGUGUGCCCACUAUGACCUUGUAAGAACUGUCCUCCAUGUGAACUGACUUCUGACUGCAUGGUGACAAAAGUUCUGAUUCUAGGGCUUAAAACUUUGCCUUCAGAUACCAACUUCUUCCCUCAAUAAGAGGCUAAACAUUAGCAGGAUACUGUUGUAAUGAAAUGUGGUGCUUGGGAUAAUUAUAAUGAAUCAAUUGUGAGAACUAUUUAGGGGUGACUCAGAAUACGAAAUUUUCAAAUAGGCUUUUCCCUCUACAGUAUUUAAUAGCUGUAUUAUAAACGUCACGUUAACUUCUGUUUGAUAUUUGGGGAUUUUCUCUUGUUUGUUGGAUUUUUUUCUUACUCAUUUGCAGUAAGCCAUGCAGCUCUGAAAUGGCUAGACCUGGCCAGUUGUGGGAUAUCAUGGCAUAUUGUUUAAAAAAAAAUUAAAAGGACUUUUAAUUUACACCACCAAAAAAAAAAACCCUCUCUGCUACAUUUUCCUUAAGAACCUAGAGUUUUCCUUUGUGUUUUUUUUUAAGUUUGCAGGGAAAAAAAUCCUACUUGUUUAUAUUUUGAUUACAUAGGGUCUUUUUUUAAAAAAAAAACUGUGCUGAUAUUUUAGAGUUUAGUUAGAAAUUGUGUUUAGGAACUUUGGAUGAGUUUGUUAAGUCUUAAGUGUGCAAGCGUUUACGUGAUUGUGCCAUUCCAAAGUGCAUCAGAACUGUCAUUCCCUUCUAGUAUCUUCUCAGGAGCAAACGCUACAGAUCAGGUAUCUAGUCAUCUUUAGUAACAUUGAAAAUUCAAACGGACUCCCAAAGAACACACACAUAUAUAUCUAGAUCCUCUUGUUUACAUCCAUUCCGGGAAAACCUCAAAAGAAUUCUCUCCAAAUGGAGAAUGACGUGAAUUCCAGGCAGCCCAUCUCUUUGUUAAGCUGUGCUCCGUUGAAUAGUGAUGUUGGAGAGCUCUUUCACAUUUUGCAGAUUUGCCAGAUCUCAGUGGAUGAUGCACAUGAUCAUGUCAAAGUAAUUGAUUCCUUUAAAAGGAAUACAUUAAAGUUAGAAAGUUAUAUUGAGCAAUGUCUGCUGAAGCUCAUGGGGCACAGUGCUUUCUUUCCACCUUGAAAGAAUGCAUUUUGUUUGGAAAUACCUAUUACCAAGGGGUUGCCAUGUAAAACGAGAGUUAACAGUUGUGAUGUGAUCAUGCUGUUGUUUAAAGAACAUUUUGAUGAUAUGCAAGGAAAAAAGCAAGCCUUACAGCUUUCAAUUGCUGGCAACUGCUGUUUAAUGGAUCUGUGAUAAUGGAUGGAAAUGGGUGGGAUUGUGUUAACUGUAGAUGUUCUAGGAGAAAAUUGUGAAUGAAAUAUGAUUUAAGAGUGUGUCAUGUGAAGAUGUUUGAGCCAUUUCUAUCUAUCAUGCAUUCCUGUCUCAAGACAGAAGAAUUUGAAGAUUUAAAUGAAAUAAAAUUGUUAAAAAAUG